GCUCCGGGCUAGGGAAAGCGGCGCGAGCCGGGCGGCUGCUCACGUUCAGGCGCGGGGGCGGCUCCGGGGCCUGAGCGAGCGCUGCUGCUGCUGCCGCCGCCGCCGCGGGCAGCGGACAGAGGAGGAAGAAGAAGAGAAAGAGGAGGAGGCUCCCGCCGUUGUUGCUGGAGACCCCCUCGGGAAGAUGAUUGAAGAAAGUGGGAACAAGAGAAAGACCAUGGCAGAAAAGAGGCAGCUGUUUAUGGAAAUGCGUGCUCAGAAUUUUGAUGUCAUCAGGCUAUCAACAUACCGGACAGCUUGCAAACUAAGAUUUGUACAAAAAAGGUGUAAUUUGCACCUUGUUGAUAUCUGGAACAUGAUUGAAGCCUUCCGAGACAAUGGCCUUAACACACUGGAACAUAACACUGAGAUCAGUGUGUCCCGUCUGGAAACCAUCAUUUCAUCCAUCUACUACCAAUUGAACAAACGCCUGCCUUCCACUCACCAGAUCAGUGUGGAACAGUCAAUCAGCCUUCUCCUCAACUUCAUGAUUGCAGCAUAUGACAGUGAGGGCCGAGGAAAGUUGACGGUAUUUUCAGUUAAAGCUAUGUUAGCAACCAUGUGUGGUGGAAAAAUGCUGGACAAAUUAAGAUAUAUUUUCUCACAGAUGUCAGAUUCCAAUGGCUUAAUGAUAUUCACUAAGUUUGACCAGUUUCUGAAGGAAGUUUUGAAGCUCCCUACAGCUGUUUUUGAAGGCCCUUCUUUUGGAUACACAGAACAUUCAGUAAGAACAUGUUUUCCACAGCAGAAAAAGAUAAUGCUGAAUAUGUUUUUAGACACAUUGAUGGCUGAUCCUCCUCCCCAGUGCCUUGUCUGGCUACCUCUCAUGCACAGACUUGCCCAUGUUGAAAAUGUCUUCCAUCCUGUGGAGUGUUCAUAUUGCCGGUGUGAGAGUAUGAUGGGUUUCCGAUAUAGGUGCCAGCAGUGCCACAACUACCAGCUCUGCCAAAACUGCUUUUGGCGGGGCCAUGCUAAUGGCCCUCACAGCAACCAACAUCAGAUGAAGGAACAUUCUUCUUGGAAAUCACCUGCAAAGAAGCUGAGCCAUGCAAUUAGUAAAUCUCUGGGUUGUGUACCCACCAGGGAACCUCCACAUCCUGUUUUUCCUGAGCAACCAGAGAAGCCACUUGACCUUGCACAUAUAGUCCCUCCUCGCCCUCUGACCAACAUGAAUGAUACAGUGGUUAGUCAUAUGUCCUCUGGAGUUCCUACUCCCACCAAAAGGUUACAGUAUAGCCAUGAAAUAUCCAGUCACUUGGCUGAUGAGCAUGCACUGAUAGCUUCAUAUGUGUCACGUCUACAGCAUUGUGCACGUGUCCUGGACAGCCCAAGCCGACUAGAUGAAGAACACAGGCUUAUUGCCCGUUAUGCUGCCCGGCUAGCUGCAGAGGCAGGAAAUGUUACCCGUCCUCCAACUGACCUCAGCUUUAACUUUGAUGCUAACAAACAGCAAAGGCAGCUCAUUGCAGAACUGGAAAAUAAAAACAGAGAAAUUCUUCAAGAGAUUCAGCGUCUCCGCUUGGAACAUGAACAAGCUUCCCAACCAACCCCUGAGAAGGCUCAGCAGAAUCCCACACUCCUGGCAGAGCUCCGGCUACUUCGGCAAAGGAAGGAUGAAUUGGAACAAAGAAUGUCUGCCCUUCAGGAAAGCCGGCGAGAGCUAAUGGUACAGCUAGAAGGGCUCAUGAAGCUGCUAAAGGAAGAAGAACAAAAGCAAGCAGCUCAGGCUACGGGAUCCCCCCACACAUCUCCUACUCAUGGAAGUGGCCGCUCAAUGCCCAUGCCUGUCCGUUCCACAUCUGCUGGCUCUACUCCUACUCAUGGACCGCAGGACUCACUGAGUGGAGUCGGGGGAGACAUCCAGGAAGCCUUCGCACAAGGUACGAGGAGAAACCUCCGCAAUGAUCUGCUUGUGGCUGCUGAUUCCAUCACCAACACCAUGUCAUCUCUGGUGAAGGAACUCCAUUCAGCAGAGAAAGGUGGAGAGGAAGAGGAGGAGAAGACACAGAAUAAAAAAGACAGAGGUAAAGGCAGCUUGGCAGGCCCUCCCCUAGAAGAAAAUAAAAACCAUGCCUCCCAUGAAGCCUCUCUCUCUUCCCCGCCUCUGUGCUCCUCUCCCCACUGCCACUUCCCCAAGCCCAUGAUGGCACCACAUCCACAGACAUUUAGUGCUGAGCCUCCUAACUACCCAUCCAUGUGCUAUAUAUUACUGAGGCUUGGGAGAGCCAGAGGAAAGGAAAGACUAUCAAAGAAAUAUCAGACAUGGUCUCUUCCAUUCAGUUUAUAAUCUAUAUAGAAUCAGUACCAGACUGCACACAUGAAAUAAUUAGAGAAAAGUUCAGUGCUCAAGUGUGAUUUGGAUUAUAAGUGUAAGGAGAAGUCCAUAUGAGCUGGAGUCAUUGAGGAGCUCGGAAUAGACCUUGAGGAAUGGAUAGAAUUUAGAUGAGUAGAGAGGGGAGGGAGGGGAAUCCACAUGGAGACUCAGAGGACAUUCUAAUAGUAAAUAAACCUGAUUGAUAAAGAGAAGACAGAUUGUGGAAGACCUUGAAAGCCUGGCAGAAAAGUUUGGACUUCAGGCAGAAAGCAAUAGACUGCUAUAGUAAAAAAAAAAAAAAAAAAACAGUGGAAUAAGUGCAGUUAUGUCUAUGUGCUCUAUCAUACCUUCUGUCCGUAGAUGUGUACCCAUCUGCUCCUGUAAUUGUAUCAUCAGUAGAUUAUACUGAUGUCAUUAAUGAAGCUUUUUGAAUCCUGGUUUUAGAAAAUUCACUCCCUCCCCCCAAGUUUCAACCUCCCACAGCCUUUGCACAUAUGCCUUAAUUCCCUUCACAUGCUUCCUAACUAGAAAAACCAGUGACUAAUAUCUUGAGGAAACCCAUUUGGUAGGAGGAUUAAGGAAGUGGCAGAAUAAAAAAAAAAAAAAAGCCUUGUGAGGGCUUAAAUUCCUGAAUUCAUGUGAUCUGAAUCAUAGGUACUGCAAAAUUAGCCUGUUCUUCUUAUCAAUAUGAACAAGUAGUCAGUUUGGAUAUAAUCAAGUUUUGAUUAUCCACCACAAUGAGGGGGAGCUCUGAUAGCAAAUAGAAUAAAUUUUCUUUGUCUUUAGAAUGUCUCUAUUUGUUAUAGUUGAGAUGGUACUGAAAAAAAGGAGGUGACAUUAGCUGACUAUUCAGUAAGGAAUUCAUAGGUAUCUAAUUUGAUUUCAGGAUGUAGUUCUCAGCUUUUCAUAUUCAUGACCUCCAUGUUACCAAUUUCUCUAGAGGUAUUAAUAUUCUAGGGCAAGACUUUUUAAACUUUUUCAACUCAUGACUUUUUGUGCCCAAGAAAUUUUUAUAUGAUCCUGGGUAUAUAAGUAUGUAAAAAAGGUAUACAAAUCAAACAUUUAUUGAUAAUAAAUCAUAAUUUCAUGAUCACUACAUUCAAUUAUGAGAUCCCACAUGAAGUAGCAACGUACAAUUUAAGAAGCAAGCUAUAGGGGACUGAUUCACACUAACUCAACUGACCCAUAAAUCAGAAAGCCAAUUUAUAGAUUUAUAAUGGGACCAGAAUAUUCAUGUCAAUUAUGUAAUCUAAUUCCUACUUGACAUGGAAGUACUUGGGAAAAUGAAUUAGUAAUCACAAGUUGGUAAAUAUGGAAACUGACUAUAGUUGGAUAGUUUUGACUCCUUUGGAUUCAGAAAAUUUGAGUUCAAAUUCCAACCCUACUACUUAUAAUUUGAGCAAGUCACUUGACUUCUCAGGAUCUGUUUCCUCAUCUAUUACAAUGAGAUGGUAUCUCCACCCUUCAAUCCUGUGGUUCUGUAUUGAUCAGAUUUCAUAUAUCACUCUAAGUAUUCAGAAUAUAUACAUAUGUAUAUAUGUUUAUAUAUAUGUGUAAGUGUAUGCCUAUAUAUAUACACAAACCAACUAGAUUAAAUCAUUAUAGAAAACACUUUCCUAGUGACUAGACUAGUCAUGUCCACUAGACAUGGAUCAUAAGAGCAUAGAAUAAGCUCUGAAAGGGGUUACUUUCUCCUGGGAAAAUGGAGCUGGAUAAAAAAUUAGAAAUUCUUACUUUUUGCCCCCUUUUCCCAUAGAUCCUGUGCAGAUCACUGUCCUGGUCAUGUCACAAUUAGAUUACAGUUUUACUUAGUUACCCAUUUAUUUUCAUGAUAAAAUAUGGGCAACUAGCCUAUUCUCAUCAAUAAUUAAGAUAGCAUUAAAAUUAAUUAAGACAUCUCUUAAAUUGAGUUUCUUCUGCAGCUCACUGAUAGCCUAUAGUUUCUGUUGAUUCUUAUUUGCUUCUGUUUUAACAUGUUACAUUUUCUGACAAAAGCCCUAAACUUCAGAUGCAAAUCAGAUAUAGAGUCACCCAUUUGUAGUCAUGGGCUUAAUAUUUAACAAUAACUAUGCUUUUACUUAUGGGGAAUUAUGAUAUUUAGAAUAAUGGAGUCACAUGGUGAUAAUAUGACACAAGAAGAACUGAAAAGUUCAUUAGAUUCCCCAUUUUGUCCUCUUGUUCAGGGCAUACCUCCCUUCUGGGGGCAGAACAUGUCUUGCCUGAGGCCUAUGUGGAUUUGUCUUCUCUCUUUGCUGUUUUUGUUCAGUCAUACCUUUCUUGUAUCCAAAGAGGAAGAUUUAGACUUAAAAGGGUUUAUGCUGUGCUAUAGGCUGCCUAGGAGAAUAAAAUUCAACUAGAAAGAAAGCAAAGAAACUAAUUUCUGGUUUAUGAUGUCAGAACUUGAAAAGAUUUUCCAUGGAUAAUCUUCCCUUGGAUAAUUGAGAGUUGAUUUAUUUCUAACUUAUAUUGAUGUUUCUUACACUAACACACAGGAUUCCUGUUAGUCCAGAAACAGUUUCUAGGCAGACUUUUCAUUGCUUUCUAAUUUAAUUCAGAUGAAUGAUUGUUGCCCUCUCCUCCCAAACCACAUACUCCCUCACCCCUGGGAAACUGCUAGGAAAAAAAAGUCAGGAAAGUUUAGGGAAGGGGAAGAAAGGAAAUAGAUUGGAGAGAGAUUGGAGAGCUAUUGUAUCCAGAAGAGAAAGAAAAAAGAAGAAAAACCUAUAAAUCUAUUUCUCUUGCAAAUGGACAGAUACAGAGAAAUUAAAACAGAUUUAAAAGAGAAGAAACUGAAAUAACCUUCUCAGCCCAGUAUGAAAACCCCUUAAUUCAUACAGCAUAUAUCUAUUUCAGCCAUACUUUCUCCCCAUGCACACAAAUGUAGAUAAUCAUACCCAUAUCCUACAUGAAUAUGCAACUAUAAGAAACACUCAAUAAUAUACAUAUAUAAUAGCCAAAUGAGUACAAACAGUAUCCCAAAUGGAUAUGCAGGUGUGUGUAUAUACCUUGAUACAGUAUGUAUAUAUAGAUGUAGAUAAUAAAACAUUUUUUUAGAUCACACUUAUGGUUUUAUUGGUAUAUCAAGGGAAAAACUACCUCUGCCAGUGUAGAUGGGCACCUGUUUUGCAAUGUAUACACAUAAAAAUUUGUACAUAUCAGGCAGUAUGGUGCUGUGGGUUGAGUUGAUUGCUAGACUCCCCAAAGAGACUAGUUUUAAUUCCUUCUGACACUUUUGAGUUGUUUGGAGUUUUUUGUUGAUUGAUUUUGUAUUGUUGUUUUAUGGACAAAUUUUUUAGCCUCAUUUGUUUUCUUCUCUGUAAAAUGGGCAUGGGAUAUUUACAGGGUUUUUGUGAGGUUCAAAUUAGAUCAAAUCUUUGUAAAACCCUAAAGUGCUAUUCGUGUCAGCUAUAAUUAUUCAUAAUUAUCCUCAACAGACACGUGCCACUAUAGAAAUAAAGGUCUGAAACAACCCUCCACCCAUAUACAAAUAAUAAUCAUUUGAAUUUACAUAGCACUUUAGAUUACAAAGCAGUCCCCACACAACCACCCAGUGAGACACAUAAUGCAAAUGUGGCAAAUGCUUUGGAGUUACUGUCCCAAUUCCAGUUCUCAAAUUAUGUCCCAAGGAUGACUUCUCUCCUCAGUGGUCUAGGAGUAAUCCUUGAGGGAUUAUGGAGGAUUUCUUUCCUAGUACAUAUAGUUUACAAUCUCCCCGUUGAUAUACUUCCCCUUUGAUUAUUAAUUGCUAAUUAGUCAGUCAGACCUAAUUACUUUUUAGAAAUCAGUAUUUACUAAGAUUGUUCAGAGAAGAGUUGAUGCAAAUAACCCUACUAACAAGGUACUUAC